AAACCCAUCUGCAACGAAUCACUUAUCGUUGAUUCACCUUCCCAAAAAAACUUUUUUACAACAACAAAUAAAAAGAAAGCGAUUGCAAUCAAGUUAUAAAAAGUACUUAAGAAAAAUCGUAGUUAGUUCUUAGACAAAGUAAGAAUCUUGGACUCCGACGCUCAGUCUAAGUGGAGCAGAGACACAAAGACUCCGUCUUCGUUUAUUUUGAGGACUUGUUCUUGCUUAUUGUUCUGCAAAAAAAAUAUGGGUCGUGGACGCGCUUUCCCUCGUCGCCGUUCGUGCGCUUCGCGUAUGGCAGCCAUAACCGCUACGGCCGCGUCGGUGCCGGGAGUAAAGAUCGCAAAGCGCGGGCAAUUUCCCCCCGGCACGGGAUGCAUCGUCGGAUGCCUCGGAGGACCGGGAGCGGAGAUUAAAUCAGCUGGAGCUCAUGUUUCUUUCCAUUUUCCUUAUCUAGAAGUUGCCUACAGCUAUGCUUUGGCAGUAUAAGUUUAAAACUUGCUGCAGAAACAGUAAGAUUUCUUAGUGUGUCACUUCUUUAUGCAUGAUACAGGGACGCACGCCCCCCGCCUGUGGAUGGCCCUGUGGUGGCGCUUGCGCGCUCUUCUCCGCGCUUCUUUUCGCGGAUUCUCGGGGUCGAAGGCGUCAAAACUGGGAGCGGGCGUCCCCUGGCGCCUCUUUGCAUGUUCCCGACAGACCUCCCGGCCUCUGUCGACCCUCCCGCGCGGGAGGUCUCUGGGGUAGAAGGCCGCCGAAGGCGGCCGAGGUCUCGGGGUCUGGACUCUCUUGCGAGGUUGGCCUCAUCAAAUGCGCGGCAAAAGCCAGCGGGCCGAUGACCAAGGUACAGGCCACACGGCUCAGGGGGUCCAGCCUUGCUCUUUUGCUGCCGCGGCGAGGGGCCAGCACCUGGGAAGCCUGUAGGGCACAGGCAGGCACCUGGAGCAUUUAUUUUGAGGCUGAUGCCUUUGCGAUUCCAUUUAUUAUUUGUUAUUGUUUAAAUGUUGCUUUCCAACUGCUGAACAGCUUCGGUUUGUUCAUAAGUCAUGUUUCUCAGUUGUUUCUUUUGCGUGCAACAUGUAUGAUCAUGUCGUCUGUGAAGCCUCUUGAAAUAAAACCAGGUUGAGCUUGAGGCUGCCCAAAAAAAGGCGGAAUUCCAGGCGUUGCAGGACUCGUAUGGUGAGUUGCAAAAAGAGGUUAAAGAGCUUCGGGUGGCAAUGGAGCUUGCCCAUGACGACUUCCCUUUCUCUGGCGAGAUAAACCAGGAUAUCCGUGCUCUACAGGAAUUGAUCGAAUCUAUGGGACAGAAGGGCCCUAGGCUGGACGCUUUACUGUCUACAACGGUGGAUGCCCUGCCUCCGGCUGACGAUGAAGAAGCUCUGAAAGAUAUGCAAGAGGCGAUAUCAACUUGGCGUGGCACCCUGAAGAGCAUUAAGGAGGAGGUACACGCGUUCUAAAAAAAAAAGAUGAUAUGCAGCAUAUUAGCGUCGUUGGAUGCGGCGUCAUCUCUGGCUCUGCUUCCAUCGGCGUCAUCUCUGGCUCUUACUUGUGCUUCUCCUUGGUAGUUUGAUUGUGUCGCGCAUAAUGUCCAUGUCGUGCAUGAAUCUUGAAAAACCAGGUGGAGGCUGCCCAAAUUUAUGAGCUGCGGGAGUCGUAUGGUGAUUUACACAGAGAGGCAGCUGCACUUUCCAAUGCAUACGAGGUCUUGAAGGUGACAGAUGGACAUGGAGUAGGUCAGACCUCGCACUGGUAUCAAGAGAAAAAAAAGGAUCUCGGAAAAUCUCGCGACGAGAUCGAGAAUGGGGCGCUCGCUGUGAAUGUCGCGGCCGAAUCUCCAGCCUCGCUUCUGGGCGGUGAACACAAGGACAGAUCCAAUUUUCUGCGAGUGUCGGCAAAACAGUACAACCAUUUGCAGAGCGAUAUCGACAAAAUAUCCGCCGAGGUACUAUACGCUUUUUCUUUCUAGGUAGUCUCGUAUGUGAUGUUUUCGGUGGGCCAAUAAUAGAGAAGUAGGCCCGCCCGUGCAGCGUUCCAGUUCGGAAAAUGUUCAUGCGGUAUAAAACUGAGCCCAAAUUAAGUAAGUAGAUAGAAGGUGACUCUGAAAGUUAAAAUGUGCCCAAUUAGAUAGUAUCAUGGAAACUUGGGAAAUUUUGUAAUUGUAGUGAAGCAGACGGGUGAGCGAGAUUGAGUCGGGCCCAGGUGUAUUUUCCUGUGCAACUAUACGCAGCGAAGCAGUUGUAUCCAUUUGAUACAGUUACAGAACUAACGCUAGGGCUUAGUGAUAGUGGGGGUUGGAAGUUCUAGCUCCAGAUGGCGCAUGUCGUGUUUGAAAGUGGAACAGGAUGGGGAGCAACCUGGCGGUAUGUUCGUCGCCUUUCCCCUUGUUGUGGGUGCCGCGUUUUCCCGGCGUUUCACCGUGGCCGGGUGCGGGAGGAUGCUAGCCGGGGGCCUUUCGCGUUUGUGGACUGACGCGGGACGCCCGGAGCCGUUCUGCCCCUGCGUGGCACGUAUUGCUCCGGGCCCGGCUUGCCCAAGGGCCCGGCUUCGGUUUUGUUGCGUUCGUGUUCUCGUUGGUCGUCUCAUUCGCUGCAGCAGCGGGAGCCGCCUGCGAAUGGAUUCUGACGCAGGACGCCGCCGCGAGUGCCAUCACUCGUCUGACCAUUCCGCAGGGGCUCGCUUCUCCCGUGUGCGUGCUUGUCUUUCUCUGUUUCUCUGUAGUUUCCCCGCCCCGCCCUCUGCUUAUAUACUGGCCUCUCUCUAUGUUUUCCGUGUGGCUGUUUUCUGUGUUCUGCUCUUUUUAGUAUAUCGAACGAUCGGGCCCGGGUGGUGCGACCGAGUAGUUAGAAAAUAGCCCCAUUAAUUUUUUGCAUGGGGGACGUGAUAACGCUGACCGCGCGGCUGCGUCGCUUGUUUUGUUGGCGUGUGGUGCUCCCUUCUUGGGGGUGUUGAUUGUGAACGAAGGUCACCACUGCUUCUCAGAGACCCGUGGCUGCGUCCGUUCUGCGCGUUUUCAGUUUUCGUCCCCGCCGAUCAUAUCUUGAAGGGGGACGAAGAUCACCAGGCAGAAGGAACGGUAAGCCGGCGUGGGUAAGUAGAUAGAAUGCACCUCGCUUGUCCCGUUGCUGGGUGUCCUCUCUUUCUCUGACAGAUCUAUCAGACGCCCGGCGCCGACCGAUUCCGCCGCGGGGCCGCUGGCUAACGCUUCGCGCCCAAGUCAAUGCUUGGCGGAGCUUUUUUUGCGGUUUCGGGAGGUCUCUUCCCGCGGUUCUUCUCUUGUCGUUGUUCUUGUUGUUGUCCGGCUUGGGGUGAGAAAUUCCGGGAGAACAGAGGAGCCGGCUUCCUUGGCGCUGUUUCAUGAUGUAUUUUUGUGCUUGGGCUUGCAUUUGUUCCUUGUUUCUUUCCAAUAGUUCUAGUGGAACAGUCUACAGAGCGGAUGUAAAAUGGACUUGGGUUGGUCGGAUGGAUCGAUUGGGCCGAGCUAGGUCUUCGGGCCUUCCUCGAAAUGCUUAGCGGACCUGGGACGCCCAUCCGGCCCAUCCGGUUUACCCCACCCGGGAUCUGGAAUCUCGAUAGACUGCUCUAUUUUAGUAGCUUGUCUCGGUUUCGGUUUCUUCAGAAUUGAGUGUUUUUCUGUUGAGUUCUGCCUGUAGCAUGUGUCAGGCCGUGUAUGUUGAAUCUUGAAAAACCAGGUGGGCGAUGCGUUGAAGAAGGCACAUGCGUCUUUGGAAGCGGAGGCAAGAAAGAUUCACGGACAGGUGCCCGUUUCCGCCACGAUGGAUGCGGACUAUAACUUCCUCCGCGGACGCCUAGAGAAAGUGAGAAUGACUGACGAAUCGAAGUCGAAAUUGGAUCGACUGAUCGAUAAAAUGGGAGAUUCUGCCGAUGUUGUGAUUAAAGUUCUGACGGAUGUUUCAGCGGACUUGCGGAAAUGGCACGAGGAGGUAAUCGCGCUCAAAUUUAAUGUCUAGUUUCUUAUUUGUAUGCAAUAGACUACCCCCCGCAAAGGGAGGCAGGGCCGCUUCCAUGAAAUGAAAUCAAAAACAAGCGCAAAGGGAUAGACAGUACAAAGAAAUAAAAACAAACACAAAGAAAUAAAAACAAACGCAAAGGCACAAAAACAAACCGAAACACAAAGUUAUGGGGGGUUUAAAGUUAACAGUAUUAGAAAGUAGUGAGGGCCCUUUUCUCUGGUUGUGGGUUUAUUUCGGAACCGGUACCCCAUAGCGUUAGCGAGUAAACGCGUGCACACAGCCAGGGAACUAAGCACUCGAAGGAGGCGUUGCGCAAGGCUUCGGCCUGCCUUCGAAGGUGAGACCUACGGGGCUGGCAGGACGUCGAUAGCGCCGGCGCUUAGUCAGUUCCAUCCGAUAAGAAUAUGCGCGAUGGCUAGCCUUUCCUUUUUUCUAUCUUCCUCGGAUCUUUCUUUCUUCUAGUUACAGGCUAGCUCCACCACAAACGCUAACAUAAUAAAAUAGUACAGGUAUAGAUAAUAAAUAGUAUCUACGAUCGAAUAUUUGUUAUUGUUUAUGUCAGCCUGCUCAAGUAGAGCAAGUAUAGUUAUGUUGUGUUUGUGCAAAUUUCCCCGAUGUCGUGGCGCGAGCAAAGAUGUCAGACUACUUUAAGAAAUUUAGAGCACGUGCACACAUUCUAAUAUGAAGGAGGAGGAGUCAAUUCAAAGUCAUACAUGUGUACUUGUGUAGAAAAGGAUUGCCUUUCCAAAUCAUGAUUUUUUUCACCGAUACGAAUCGCAAAACACCACCAUACAUAACCAAUAAGUACCUAACUCCGCCGACAGCCCUCUACAUUUAAAAAUUGAUCAAACAUCCAGGUGGAGGCCAUUGCGAAAGUGCUUCCGAUGAUUCAGGACAUGAAAGGGGAGAUUGAUACUCUGGAUUCAUACCGUCGUGCCCAACAACACAACUUACCUGGAGGUCGAGGCGUCUCCCACCUGACGGCCCUGGAAGGUCUGGAACAUGAUUACCGAGAGCUCGUGGAGCGAGCAGUCCAUGUAAAUCUGAUGCCCGAGGUGGGCAGUCCUCCUUCGAGUCCGAACGACAUAAAACAUGCGCUUGAGGAAUUAAAGGAGACAUUAUAUCGACUUGUUUAA